UGUUCACUUUAGUCCGGUUAAAGCGCGCGCUGACAGCGGAGUUCACACGCACACACACACGCUGACACACACACGCUGACACAUACACGAGCGCCGUGAUUCCUGCUGGAUCUUUACUGCCAACUCGACCAAAGCUCCGGAGUACCAGAGUGUGGUUUAUCCACUGCAGCUGGCAUGAGCUAACAUGGAAACCAAACCUUUCUUGUCGCUAGGGUUCCUGAAAAGCCCAUGCUCAGUAGUGCCACCCUGUGUGCAGGGCCGGCCGGGCAAUGCUGGCAGCUCGCCCUCGGGCUGCUCCUGCUUCACGGGCACAUGCCCACUGCACCAGCGCAGGAUAUCCACAGACACAUCAGGCCAACUGCACUCGUCUCCUCUGAGCUCCCCGACUGGACACUGUGCUGUUGGCCCUCAACCGCUCCACCCGUCCCUGCUCACCCCGUCUUCCAUGGGCUCCACGCCGGGUCAGCUUCACUCACCCAUCAAUGGCCUAGCAUCGCCCUUCCCCGUCAUCAGCUCACCCAUGGGCCAUCCCUCCAUCACGGGGCCUUCCAGCACCAGCAUGGCCUUCGGACCUAGUCUCAGUCCACAACUCAGUUCCCCCAUGACUUCAGUCAGCAGCCCGGAAGACAUCAAACCUCCUCUGGGCCUGAAUGGCGUCAUGAAGAUUCCAGCUCAGCCGACCGGCACCUGUCUGUCUCUCACCAAACACAUCUGUGCCAUCUGCGGCGAUCGAUCUUCAGGUAAACACUAUGGAGUGUACAGCUGCGAAGGCUGCAAAGGCUUCUUCAAGCGCACGGUGAGGAAAGACCUGACUUACACCUGCCGAGACAACAAGGACUGUCCGAUCGACAAACGCCAACGCAACCGCUGCCAGUACUGCCGCUACCAAAAGUGUCUGGCCAUGGGCAUGAAGAGAGAAGCUGUACAGGAGGAGCGGCAGCGGGCGAAAGAAAAGAGUGAGGCUGAAUUGGAGCUGGCGGGCUGUACCAGUGAAGACAUGCCAGUGGAGAAGAUUCUGGAAGCUGAGCUGGCAGUGGAGCCCAAAACCGAAACCUAUGUGGAAGGCAGCGUUGGUGCGACUGCCAACUCUCCCAACGACCCCGUUACAAACAUUUGCCAAGCCGCUGAUAAGCAGCUCUUCACAUUAGUGGAAUGGGCGAAGAGGAUACCACACUUUUCCGACCUACCUUUAGAUGACCAGGUCAUUCUUUUACGAGCAGGGUGGAACGAGCUCCUCAUCGCUUCUUUCUCACACCGCUCGAUAAGUGUGAAAGACGGCAUAUUGUUAGCAACAGGCCUCCACGUUCAUAGAAACAGUGCACAUAGUGCUGGAGUAGGUGCCAUUUUUGAUAGAGUACUGACAGAGCUGGUGUCUAAGAUGCGAGACAUGCAGAUGGACAAGUCUGAGCUUGGAUGCCUGCGAGCUAUCGUUCUUUUCAAUCCAGACUCUAAAGGCCUGUCUAACCCAACAGAGGUGGAGGCACUUAGAGAGAGAGUUUACGCUUCACUGGAGGCCUACUGUAAACAGAAAUACCCCGAUCAGCCUGGGAGAUUUGCAAAACUGCUACUCCGACUGCCUGCUCUGCGCUCCAUCGGUCUAAAGUGUCUGGAGCACCUCUUUUUCUUCAAACUCAUUGGAGACACACCCAUUGACACUUUUCUAAUGGAAAUGCUAGAGGCACCACACCAAAUGACAUAAAGGAGCAGUGCCUUAACUCACCCAUGACAAUGUCACUCGUCCCUGUAAAGAACACUGCACUCUCAUGCACAUCACCUUCACAAAGCCAUGAUAAGAUGCAUCUCAGUGACACCUGCUUUAUCUGGUAAACGUCUUAUCUUGCAAUCCAGGAGACAAACAGAUUUACUUUGGUGCUUCAUCUUUGGAAUUUGCAAAUCCAUGUAAUUACACAAAGACCAUUCACUUUGGAUUAAUUCAUAAGGAGGAUGGAUUAAGAGAGUCAAAACAGGUAUGCUCUUGUGGUUGAAAUGAAUUCUUGAAUAUUCUGCCUCACAGUGACCUACCUCUGCAGUCCACUCUGUUCUGAUACAAAAUUCUGCAAUACCUCAUACACACCCCUCGGUACCACAGGAUUCCUUUUUCUGACACCUCAUCACUGCCUUUGUUAUGGACUGUACUUUAUGUACUAUAACAUUUAAUGUUAAUUUUGCAAUUUUUUAAAAUAUAUAUUUUGUAAUUCACUGAUGAGAAAAAGAUGUAUAAGAAAGAAAUUGUAUUUGCAGCACUUAACUGAUUUUUUUUUUUUUUAUUCUUUUUUUUUUUCUUUUUCCAAACAGUGUUGAUUAGCGAGGCUGCCAGCAGUUGGUCUCUGCAAAGGGCAGUGUUGUUUGGCUGUAACAGAGGCAUAUGAUUGACAGAAUGGUUUAAAAUGAAAAUCAGGUUUGCUCUUUGCCUGAUUCAAGUUUAAUGAUAGAAAAAAGCAAUGAUUCUUUGUUGUUCAUGUAAAAUUUUAGAUGUUUGAUUAUCAAUUGUUUUGCCUUCAUAAUUCAUCUCAUUAAUGUAGCAAGUAUUUCCAAAGAUUUUCAUUUAAAUGUCAUGUGAUGAUUCCCAGCAAAGCAGCAUUUGUGCUAUGAAAAUAUGCAAUUAGGCUACGUUCACAUUAAAAGGCUGAAGUGGCACAAGACAAAGUCCUCGCAAUUCAGAUUAAGGAUACUAAUAUAUGGUACUACAUACAUAGCCAUGUAAUCAUAUGAGAACAUAUAAGAUGAGUUAUAUUCACCCAGUGCUGGUAGCCUGCUAGCAGUGUUAACUAGGAGAACGAAAUGGAGAAAAGUCAUAUAACUGCUGUCAAGCUGUCAGUCUGCCUCCGGAGCAAAUCUCUGUAAUGGCAGAUUGUGCUACAGUUUCAUUACCGCAUUCCCCCUAAAUAUGUUUGUUGUUGUUCAUGAUGCUUGGAUCACGUAUGUAAUGUUAUUGAUUUCAAAAUAUGCUCAUGUAAAUAAUUUCAGGGCAGAGGUCUGAGGUCACAUACACAUGAAAUGUGACCCGUUAAGGCAGAAAGAGAGAGAGGUUAGGCUGCCACCUGGUGUUCGCAGUUGAUACUACAGGUUGUACAAUUUAAUAUUACAAUCAGAGUAAAAAGAUUUUUUUUAAUGGAAUUGAAUAAGACUUGUAAUGUGAACAUAGCCUCUGUUAAAAGAAUCCAGAUGAUGGUCUGGCCUCAGGGAUGUGGGAGGUUUAGGAAGAGCUUACCCUACCACCUGGUGUCUCACAGGUGAUACUACAGUUCAACAUUACGCUGGGAGAGGAAUCUGAAGAAUCCUUCAUUGUUUGACAGUGUGAAAUAACCAGACCUCAGGCUUUGUAAAACACUUUUUAUAUUAUAGUAUUAAUCAGACUCAUAUUGUGCAAUUACUUUCUGUAUUAUAAGGAACAGACAGAUUGUUGUGAUGUUUGCUAAAAGGAACCUCUUGCAAACUGAGCCAGGCUGAACUAAAACAGUGUUCUUAUAUAGUAAAUAUACAUUUGAGAUUAUUAUUAUUAUUAUUAUUAUUAUUAUUAUUAUUAUUAUUACAGUGUUUCAUAAUCAGACUGUGCAGAAAUUCAGUCACUGAUCGCUCUUUCAGUAGUCACAUAUUUAACUCAGUGAAAGCAGAGGCUACCACUCAGGCACAUACAUGGUUUACAUGCAGUUUCUUCACGUUAAAAAAAAAUCACAAAACCCUAACUGUGGUGUUUUUCACAAUAUCAUCAGUUUUUAUCCUUUAGUUUGCCUAAGGCCCUUCUCACCUGUAGCCUGAAACCAUGUUUAAAACUCUGGCCUUUAAACACCAGCAUGAAGUCAUAGGAAGAACACAAAAAAACUCUUAUUUGGAGUAGAAAUCCAAGCCAAAACUCCAAAAGGCCCUAAUCUAUAGAAUAAUCCUUGGUGUUGGGCCUCAUGGAAGACAAACAGGGUUUAGUAGACAAACAGAGAUGGGUGAUACACUUUCCCCAUGAUAAGCAAGGUUUUGGCAAACCAUGAAAAGAGUUUGGUUUAGAGAGAAAUAUAUAUUUUUGUACAAUUGUAAUUUUAUGCUUGUGUUCCAUGUAUUUACAUAAUUCUAUUGAAUUUUGCAUACAUUAAUUGUAUACAUGUUGAUUUGUAAAAUGGAAGGGUCUUGCCCUCUGAACAGGUUGCUGUUGAAACAUUUUCCCCAGUUCCUUUAUUGUUGUUGUUGUUGUUGUUUGUUUUAGCAUCAUUGGGCUUCACCUGGAAAGUGAAAAACGUCAUUUUUAUGUAUCACUACAAUGAGAAUAACUUUUGAAAACUUUUUGUUUUGAAAGUUACUUUCCUUACUGCAUGACAGAACCAUUAACCAGUUACAAACUUCAUUGAAGACAACAAAAAUAAAAAUGUCUGUAUAUUUUCCCUGCUAAAAUCAACACACAUCUGCAGUAUAUUUUACAGACAUCAUAGAUGGGGCAAAUCAGCCAGAAUAUUUAAACAGCAGUGUACACUACAGACAUUGGAAUUUGUGUGAAAACAUAGAUGAAUUCCUGCAGUUACCCAAGUUUCUGAAUGAAAAUAAAUUAAAGGAAAUGUGAUGUUAGUUCCCUUAUUUGAUAAGUCCUAUUUGAUAAACAUAUAAGGCUUCUAAUCAUGAGCACAUCAGAGAAGGCAUAGAACACAUUUCACCCAAAAAUAAAUUAUUAACCGAAGAGUUAAUUAAACAGUUUUCACACACAGGCUUCAGUGUGCCUUGACCUAGAUAUUACAGGACUCUGGUAAUGUACUGGAGGCAUGAAUGCCAUUGUUCUUACAGAUAUUCUCUCCUUUUGUGUUUUGAUGAUGGUGGUUGCUCCAAAAUCUCCAAUAGGUGUUCAGUUAGGUUGAGAUAUGGUCACUGUGAAUGCCAUAGCUUAUCAUUUACAUUAUUUUCAGCCAAAACAUACAAUGAGCCCUCGUGCCCUAUGGCUGGGACAUUGUUAUGCUGGUAGAGACCACUCCCAUCAGGAUAAAAAUGUGUCAUUAUAGGGUAAAGGUGAUCAGUCUGAGCAACUUUGUAUUGAUUUCAAGUGAACCCAAAAAAACCUGAAUUUUGUUGCAUUUGUCAACCAUCUGUAACUGACCCAACUGCUUAGUUUGAGUGUAUUCCAACAAACCUAGCAAUGCUGGGGGGUGGGGGGCGAGGAUGCAUGUAAAAUAUAUGAAAGGCUCCAAUCAUUAAAAAAGUUCAGCAGUAGUCUCAGUUCUUCUGAAGAUCAUAUUAGAUGAUAAUUGAAUUGUGGAACUCAUAGUUUAUCUUCUAAUAAUAGAUGCAAUAAUAAUAAAAAUAGGAAAGAACAUAGACAAAUAUUAUAUGAACAGGGAAUAAUCAGAGCAGAUUUAAAAAUACUGUAUACACUUUCCUCAGGUCAUACAUCUCUCACAGAAAUCUAUUAAUUAGUCCUGUGCCUUAGCAAUCACUCAUCCACAGUUGAAUAGUCUUGUCAUUCUCCAGUACUGCUGAUGUGAUGAUGUUCUCCAGUACUGCUGAUGUGAUGAUGUUCUCUGCAGGAUGACAAGCAGUCGCAAUCUCCACAUCUAGAAACAAAUCAUACACAAAUAAUAAACAAAGCACAUACGGUAAUUUACACAGCGUGAGUGACAAGUUUUCCCUCCCUUUGUCUUCCACUACUAAGCAGGUAUAAUAUGAUUGGUGUGUUGCCAGUUAUACAAAUAAUAUAGAUAUGUAUUACAGUUAUGAUUCCAGAUGUACACCAUGUGGUCUUCAGAAAAGGAGAAAAUCUACUGGAUGGAGAGACGUUUUUACAAGAUUCAAAUUGGAAAUCCUCCUACGUAUAAAAGCUAGAUGGAAUGUACAAAAGCUGCCUACAUUCCACCAGAUACAGAGAAAUUGGUGAAUAUUUCUCAUUCUCAUGUAUGUCCAAUGUAUGUCGUAAGACACUACAAGAACAGGCUACAGGAGCCUAUAAUUAAUAUGAGUCCAUGCAGAUUGUUAAUUUAAUGGAAUAGUUGGGCCAAAAAUGAUUUUUUAAAACAAGUUUACUAUUAUGGUUAUGCUACAACAUAUUUGCUGUUUGAAUUUUGCUUUUUUCGUUUUAACCUACAAUUACAAGAUUAACAAUUUUGGUCACCCAAAAUGUUGCUAGAGCAACAUCAACCUGAAAGCAUCUGUUAAUUCAUGUUUAAGUUAGAGAGUAGUCAGCCCUCUGCUUCAUGUUUUCAGCUGCCACAGGAUGCAUGUGUUAGUCUUGUCUUUCCCAGGUGGAAACUGUUUACAUGGGAAGAAUAUGAGGUAUCAUUUGUGCCAAAAAUAUGUUGACUGCUUUGUUCAUUGCUUUGUCAGUGGUGAUUGUUGUCGUCUUUUUAUUAUUAUAUUAUUUUUUAUUUUUAGGUUAAACAGCAGCUGUUGAUAAUUGCUGAUAGUUUGGUUAUACAACAGUUAGGUCCAGUCCACUGAUUUUAAUGGAUUGUCAGUCAGUUUAUGUGUUAAUUGUUACAUGUUAACACACAAUGCUCUGUCCAGCUGUGGCUUCUUUGGGAACCAUUUUCAUUAAUGGCACAAAAAUAAACAAAAUAUUUGGGCA